AUGGGACAAGACUAUUCGUACAGCCAGCCGUCAUCGUCAGAUGAGUUCGACAUGACGUACCUUCUUGAAGCAGAGGCUGCUCUUUACGCGGAUGAAGGACAGAGUAGUUUCUCUGUUGGCGAGGCUGUUCGCAACCCACCUGAGGCUGGGUCUCCUGUUUUUGACGACAUUAUAGAAGGUCGAGCUCCCAGGAUAAGGUACAUGGUCAACGGACACAUGUAUAAGUUGGCGUACUACCUCACUGACGGUAUAUAUCCAAAAUGGUCAACAUUUAUCCAAUCAAUCACACUCCCUCAAUGUCCUAAACAAGAGUUAUUUGCCAAAGUUCAAGAAGCUACCCGAAAAGAUGUGGAGCGGGCUUUUGGAGUAUUGCAAGCCCGAUUUGCGAUUGUGAAGAACCCGGUAAAAACAUUGGACAAAGCAAAGAUAAGCAAGAUUAUGAGAGCAUGUAUCAUACUACACAAUAUGAUAGUCGAAAAUGUCCGGGAUGGAUACGGUACACAAUUUGAUAUAUCUGAUUUUGAAGAAGGGGACGUAACCAGAAGUUCACGGGUGGAAGCCAACAUGCCUACAAAUCUCAACAACAUAUUUCCCAUUCGGAAUGAUGUUCGGGAUACUCGUAUACAUGAACAUUUGAAAACCGAUCUAAUUGAGCAUAUUUGGAACAAAUUUGGUGAUGAAUAA